AUAAUCUUUCCCGAUCUAUCUGAUAUGAAUGUUAAACCAUUGAAAAAAUCUCAAGUGACUAUAACAGGGACCAUAGAAGGUGUCUAUAAGGCACGACAACAAUUACUUGGUAAUUUACCGAUUGCCUUAAUAUUUGACUUUCCCGACAAUCAAAACGAUGCCUCUGAAAUAAUGAGCCUUAGCACUAAAUAUGGCGUUUAUAUAACAUUGCGCCAGAAGCAAAGACAAAGCACUUUGGCCAUUGUUAUUAAAGGAGUCGAAAAGUUUAUAGACAAAAUCUACGAAGCCCGUCAAGAGAUUUUACGUUUGACAACACCCCUGAUUAAGCCGGAAAUACCGGAACGAUAUUUUAUGCCACAGGACAAAGAUUACAAUUUGGCCUAUCGCACCACACUGACAGCAUUAUUGGCUGGCUAUAACGAAAGUCCCAAAACACCCAAUGUAAUGCCGGCCACAACCGGACACAUAUCAUUGUCGCCCUAUGGCAACAAUAACAAUUUGUUGCUUAACAAUAACAACAACAAUAAUAAUCUUUUGAACAACAACAAUAAUAACAAUGCCAACUUAAAUCAGUUGAAUCGACAACAAUUCGGUGGUCUCUAUCCCACCACACCGACAGGCAUUUGUUCGCCAACACAAAAAUAUUUGCAGAUACAUAAUAGCAAUUAUGCUAGGCAGCAGCAACAACAACAGCAGCAGAUUCAACCUCAGCAGCAGCCACCACAUCUGCAACAUCAACAUCACAACAAUAAUUAUUUACAGGUACUGCAGCAGCAACAACAACAGCAGCAACAUCACCAUCAUCAUCAACAACAGCAGCAGCAACAACAAAUUCAACAAACACAAAUGCAGCCACCAAAUCAUAUGAUCCAGGCACAGCAACAACAACACGUGCCACAAACUCAUAACAUAUCACCACGCAAUAGCUGCAGCAACAACACCAGUGGCUAUCAAAGUUUCAGCAGUAGUACAACAUCAUUGGAACAGGCCUAUCCACCAUUUGGUAAUGCUUUGGGUGUUAACACCAACAAUGGAGUCAAUGGGCCAUCUCUGCUUAACGGAAAUCGACCCUCACCAUUCUCACCCGAUUCAAAUUAUAGCAGUGAGGCAGGUUGCAGUCGUCUGGGCCGGCGAUCCAGUGAUGGUGUUCUAUUGGGUUUGGGCGCUUCAGGACCGAUUGGACCUAUGGUACCCGGUAGCGCUGAAAGUUAUCGUAACUCUCACUAUGACUUGAAGCACAAUCGUACUUUUGAUUUUGACAUUAAACGCGCUAUGGGUUUCAAGGCCAUGGAACGUCCACCAGUUGCUGGAGAAUUACGCACACCCACACCCAGUUGGAUGGGUAUGGGUUUAAGUCGCACUUCACCAGUUCCAAUGGAAACAGUUGAUGAUCUAUCACCGUGGCAUCGUGGACCAACUGGUUUGGGUGUAGGGGGUGGAGCUGGACCUCUGGUCUCACCUUAUGGGUUGGGUUCAACAACGGGUAUUGUUGACUCAACGCCAACAAAUCGCCGACUUCAAUUGACCCAAUACAAGGAUAUACAUUCCUUGUUGACAUCUCUGGGUUUGGAACAUUACAUCAAAAUUUUCGUUUUAAACGAAAUCGAUUUGGAAAUGUUUAUGACCCUUACAGAGGAGAAUCUUAUGGAAUUGGGUAUAACAGCCUUUGGAGCACGCAAGAAAAUGCUGGUUGCCAUACACACCUUGCAGGCCAACGAGGCAACCACUUCAACGAUGCCGCAAACAUCAUCGAAUGCAUCAUCACCACGAUUUUCAGGUUCGGCUGCACCUGGGGCUGAACGUAGACCCUCAAAUCAGUGGUAA